UCGCGCCAGUCGGGUUUCUGCGCUUGUCGGAGGAGGUUGUGUGUACUUCUCGGCUCUAGAGUUUUCGUAUUUCGUUUUAAUUUAAUAAUUACUAUUUAAGUUAACUUCGCUGUAUUACAGUUUAUUUGAGUGAUCGCUUUUAAGUGUUGUAAAGUUAAGUGUUUAUUAAUUUAUCGUAGUGUUUUAAGAUCCCUAACUCAUUCCAAAGGCAGCAUGUCUAAAACAGAGAAGUCAUUUCCGAGAAACUUCACAGGAUGUCUAACAUGCGUUCAAGUGUUAAACAUUAUGGUGCUCCUCGGCUUCAUGCUGAAUUACGCGCUACGAGUGAACCUGACCAUCGCCAUCGUUGAAAUGAUCAUACCGACCACCAACACUACCAAUGUUACCGAAACGGCCAAUGUUACUGACAUCUUCAAUGUUACUGAGCACCCGCACAGAGAACAGACCCGUUACCAAUGGGACACGACACAGAAGAACAUGCUGCUCGGCUGCUUCUUCUGGGGCUACGUGCUGACAGAACUACCGGGAGGGCGGCUCGCCGAAAUUAUCGGGGCCAGACGAGUGUUCGGCUACAGCACCCUACUAGCCAGCAUCCUCACCCUCCUAAGUCCAGGCGCCGCCGCUGCUGGUUUCGGGUGGAUUGUCGCCCUCCGAGUCCUCCUAGGCUUCUUAUUGGGAGCUACAUGGCCAGCCAUCCUGCCUAUGGCUUCUAAGUGGAUCCCGCCGAUGGACAGAUCAAAGUUCAUGUCUAAUAUGAUGGCGUCUUCUCUCGGUGCGGCUAUUACUAUGCCGAUCUGCGGGUUCCUCAUCGCGCAUCUAGGUUGGGAAUCGUCCUUCUACUUCACUGGGAUAAUCGGCUUGAUGUGGUCCCUAGCGUGGUUCGCUGUUGUAUACGACUCUCCCGCCGAGCAUCCCCGCAUCUCAGACACAGAGAGAAACUACCUCUUGAAAGUUCUUCCUCAGGACGAAAACGCCAAGAAAGGACACAUGCCCGUCCCCUGGUGUCAGAUGCUGACCUCCCCUCCCGUCUGGGCCAUCAUCAUCACCCACGGCUGCUCGGUCUUCGGAUACUUUACCGUCGUCAACCAGCUGCCUACUUAUAUUGAGAGCAUCCUUCAUUACAGCAUCAAACACAAUGGCCUCCUAUCCUCCCUGCCCUACCUGGGCAAGUACCUGUGCGCGCUCGCCUCAUCCGUGCUCGCCGACAGCCUCCGCCGGAGCGGCAGGCUGUCCACCACGUCAGCCAGGAAGCUGUUCACCGGCUUCGCAGUCGGACUACCCGGAGUCCUGAUGGUCGCGCAAGCGUUCUUCGGCCACGACCGAGUAUGGUCGGUCGCCAUCUUCACUAUCGCUCUCACCAUCAACGGGGCAGUCACGGCCGGCUACCUCGGCAAUGGACUCGACAUCGCUCCCAACUUUAGUGGAACCAUUUUCGGGAUGGCGAACACGUUGUCUUCGCUCGGCGGCUGGCUGUCUACCUUCAUGGUCGGAGAACUUACCAAAGAACAUAACACGUACGCGCAAUGGCAGAUAGUAUUCUUCAUCCUCGCGGGCGUGUACGUGGUGGGCGCGCUCAGCUUCACCACCUUCGGCUCCGGCGAGCUGCAGCCCUGGAACGCGCGCCGGCCGGCCAGGGAGCAGGAACCGCUCAACGAUACCGAAAAGGCUGAGAAGGCGUAAGGCGAGAUAUUACGUGUUUUAUAUCACAUAUAUUCAAACAGUCCGAUUGGCUAAUUUAUGUAAUGUACAGUCGCCAUCAGAUAUAUCGGAGCGGCCAAGGCGCUCACAAAUAUCUGAUCACGCAUCUAUUGACAUGGCGUUAAGAGUGCGUGUUCAGAUAUUUUUGCGCAUCUCGGCCGCUCCGAUAUAUAUGAUGGCGGCUGUACCAAUUGUAAAGUGACGACUUAGCAAUUGAACUGUCGUUGAAUGAAUGAUAAGAUUAGGCUGUUAUGCGAAAGGCUGGUUCUUUCAUACAUCGUUUCACUGAAAUUCGAGAAAUCGUAAGGCGAGAAACUCUUACCACGUACACAUAAUGAUAGAUAGUAUAGAGAAACAGGAGCUACUCAAUGAUACUGAGAAGGCGUAAAUUGGAAGAGAAGAUUUUAGGUCCAUUCGCCGAAAAUUCAAACGAGCGAACUGUAACUAUAGUAGCUACACGUGUUAAAGACGACAUUCGGUUAAAGUCGAUUCGACGAUAAUUCAAAAAGACGAGUGACAGUUCAUGC